AUGGUGAAUCCCUUCGUCUUGCGGCCAGCUCUGGCCCACAACCUUUGCUCACCCCGUGCUUGCGGGCGGCUUGUCCCUCGUUCGUGGCCGAUCGGGCUAGACGUUGCACCAGCUCUUCUUGCCAUUGAAGGUCAGCGCAAGUGGCAUUCCAGCCAUACGCGAGCUCGCCAGACGAAAGCUCUAAUCCCGGCUGUCUCAAAGCCGCUGCAGCUUGUCCGUCAUGCUUCCGUAGUCUCUGGAUCCGGUCCCGUCGCCGCUGCGACCUAUUCCACGGUUGUAGAGCCGCACACCGUUCCGUACACCCAGCUUACUGUCGGUGUGCCCAAGGAGAUUUACCUUAACGAGCGACGCGUUGCAUUGACUCCACAGAAUGUAGCUUUACUGCUGAAGAAGGGAUUUUCCAAAGUUCUUGUAGAGCGUGGCGCUGGCAUCGAAGCUGAUUUCCCCGAUGCGGCCUACGAAAGCGCCGGCGCAACACUUGUCGAUACUGCUAACCACGUCUGGUCCUCUUCCGACAUCGUUCUCAAGGUCCGCGGGCCCAUCCCAGCUGAAAUAGAGCUUAUGAAGGAAAACCAGACCGUGAUUUCCUUCCUCCAACCUACACAGAAUAAGCCAAUCGUUGAGAAACUUGCGGCGCAAAAGGCGACGUCCUUCGCAAUGGACCUGAUUCCCCGGAUCUCGCGUGCUCAAGUCUUUGAUGCCCUCAGCUCAAUGGCCAACAUUGCUGGCUAUAAGGCAGUUCUUGAAGCUUCGAACAACUUUGGUCGUUUCUUGACUGGCCAAGUCACAGCCGCUGGCAAGGUGCCUCCUUGCAAAGUGCUUGUCAUUGGCGCCGGUGUUGCUGGGCUCAGUGCAAUUGCGACCGCCAGAAGACUCGGAGCCAUUGUGCGAGGCUUCGACACGCGUCCCGCGGCCCGAGAGCAAGUCCAAUCGCUCGGUGCCGAAUUCAUUGAGGUCGACAUUAAGGAAGAUGGCUCUGGUGCAGGUGGCUAUGCCAAGGAGAUGUCCAAGGAGUUCAUUGAAGCCGAGAUGAAGCUCUUUUACGAGCAAGCUCGUGAGGUCGACAUUAUUAUCACCACUGCUCUGAUUCCCGGAAAGCCCGCGCCGAAGCUCAUUACCAAAUCCAUGCUCGAGGUCAUGAAACCCGGCUCCGUGGUGGUUGACCUGGCGGCCGAAGCCGGCGGCAACUGCGAAAAGACUAAACCUGGUGAACUUUAUGUUUACAAGGAUGUCAAGAUCAUUGGUUACACCGAUCUGCCCUCCAGGCUUCCGACCCAGUCCUCAACCUUGUACUCCAACAACAUCACGAAGUUCCUGCUGUCCAUGAGCCCCAAGGAGAAAGAAUUCGGAAUCGAUCUCUCUGACGAAGUUGUGAGAGGCGCCAUUGUAACACAAAAUGGUGAUAUUUUGCCGCCACCACCCCGAAAGGCUCCUCCUCCAGCCCCCGCUCAGGCUGCACCUGCUGCCAAGGAAGCUGAGGUGGUUGCACUUACGCCUUUCCAGAAAACCUCCCGCGAAGUGGCGACCGUUACAGCUGGUAUGGGAACCGCUCUGGCUUUAGGCAAAAUGACCGGUCCCCUCUUCAUGGGAAAUGCCUUCACUUUUGCGCUCGCCUCCUUGAUCGGCUACAGGGUCGUCUGGGGAGUUACACCAGCUUUGCACUCGCCUCUCAUGAGCGUUACCAACGCGAUUUCAGGAAUGGUCGGAAUCGGUGGCCUGUUCAUCCUGGGCGGCGGCUAUGUCCCUGAGACUUUUCCCCAGGUUCUUGGCGCGCUCUCAGUUCUCCUAGCCUUCGUCAAUGUGUCUGGAGGCUUCGUUAUCACGAAGCGGAUGCUGGAUAUGUUCAAGCGACCGACCGAUCCACCAGAAUACCCAUGGCUCUAUGCUAUUCCUGCAGCCCUGUUUGGUGGAGGGUACGUAGCUGCUGCUGCCACUGGAGCUGCAGGUCUGGUUCAAGCGGGCUAUGCAGUCAGUUCCGUGCUCUGCAUCAGCUCCCUCUCCAGCUUGGCCUCGCAGUCGACAGCCCGCAUGGGCAACAUGCUUGGCAUGCUCGGAGUCGGGUCCGGCGUGCUGGCAUCGCUGCUGGCUGUCGGAUUCUCUCCUGAGGUGCUUACCCAGUUUGGAGGACUGGCCGCUCUUGGAAGUCUUGUUGGUAUUCUCAUUGGAAAGCGAAUCACUCCUACCGACCUUCCUCAGACCGUGGCCGCCCUUCACUCUGUUGUUGGUCUGGCAGCUGUCUUGACUUCCAUCGGAAGUGUAAUGGCACACAUUGACGACAUAUCAACGCUACACCUAGUGACCGGAUACUUGGGAGUUCUCAUUGGUGGCAUCACGUUCACCGGAUCCAUCGUCGCAUUCCUUAAGCUUGCAGGAAGAAUGUCUUCGAAGCCGCUUGCUCUACCUGGAAGACAUCUCUUGAAUUCUGGUAUGCUCACGGCAAACAUCGCCACCAUGGGUGCCUUUGUGACAAUGGCACCUGGGUCACCUAUGAUUGCUGCAGCAGCUCUAUCAGCGAACACUAUCCUCUCCUUCGCCAAGGGGUAUACUACAACUGCAGCAAUCGGCGGAGCAGACAUGCCUGUCGUUAUCACUGUACUCAAUGCAUACUCUGGAUUUGCGCUUGUAGCCGAGGGUUUCAUGCUUGAUAACCCUCUCUUAACCACCGUUGGAGCACUCAUUGGCGUCUCCGGCUCCAUUCUAUCGUACAUCAUGUGUGUGGCGAUGAACCGGUCGCUGACGAAUGUGCUCUUCGGAGGUAUCUCUGCGCCACAGCAAACCGACUACAAGAUAGAAGGUGCGGUAACGCAGACGAACGUCGAAGAUACGGCUGAAGCGCUCGUGAAUGCAGAAAACGUCAUCAUCGUUGUGGGCUAUGGAAUGGCAGUCGCAAAGGCUCAGUACGCCAUCAGUGAAAUCACGACCAUGCUGCGGGCCAAGGGUAUCAACGUCCGCUUCGCCAUUCAUCCCGUGGCAGGCCGUAUGCCCGGACAGUGCAACGUUCUGCUGGCGGAAGCGAGUGUGCCUUAUGACAUUGUGCUGGAAAUGGACGAGAUCAACGACGACUUUGGUGAAACCGACGUGACGCUGGUUAUUGGUGCCAACGACACAGUCAACCCCAUUGCGUUGGAGCCGGGUAGCCCAAUUGCCGGCAUGCCUGUCUUGCAGGCAUGGAAGAGCAAGCAGGUUAUCGUAAUGAAGAGAGGCAUGGCUAGUGGAUAUGCCGAUGUACCGAACCCAAUGUUCUACAUGCCCGGAACGCGCAUGUUGUUUGGAGACGCCAAAGUUACUUGCGACGCAAUCAAAGCAGCCGUCGAGGCCCGAGCGACAUAG